AUGUGUACAUUCCUUCCUCAUUUGGAUAGAAACAAUACUGAUAAUUAUAUGGUGAUAACAAUUAAUACCAGUGAUCCAAAAACUGCUCAUUUUUCUGGUUAUAUUUACAAUGAAUCGAAUAGAACUUAUACUCAUUGGGGUUUUCCAGAAGGAAUGCAAUUUAGUGGUUUAUUCAAAAUGUUACCAAAUGAUACUCUGAUAGCACCUUUGGUCUCACCUGCUAAUUCUAAUUUUUGGUCAUUGGAAUCAACUGUUAUCAAUGUUGAAGGAUCACAAACGCAUAGUGAUUUCGAUAUUAAUGCAAAUAUUAUGGAAUUUAAUCCAAAAAAUGGAACAACUGUUCCCUAUAAUCUUGGUGAAGUAAAUGUAACCAUAUCCAGUGAAGAUGUAGUAAUAGGAUCCGGAAAUAUUGUCAUUUAUCAAUUAUUAAAUAACAAUGAGACUCUAUUACGACAAACAACACCAGUAAAUUCUCCAUUUGUAUAUUUAGAACAUGACACUACAAGCGCAUAUCAUACAAUUUUGCAUUGUUCACCUCUUCUAUCCAGUACAUUGAAUCAAGCUAAUGGUAAUUACCUUGUGCACUUUGACAAUAGUUUAUUAAUGACCAAGGAAAAUACUUCAAUUCCCAUCCAAGACAUAAGCUUUACAGUUGGCGAGAUUCCACCAGAUGGAACUGAAGAUGAAUUUGAGAAAGGAAUUUUUCGAUUAUCUGUUGAUGGAUCAGAGCUUUUUAAAACAUUGAAAGGAGAAGAUAGAGAUAAUUAUUUUUUUCAUUUAAAGCAUGAAAUGGCACAAUUCGUCCCUAUUAAACCUUCCAGAUUGACUAUAUCUAAUCAAACUCAAAUUGACUCCAGCAGCAUUACACAUCCACAAGUCUUAAUAACGUUUAUAAUUGCAGCAACUGAAAACGAUAAAGAAAGAAGUGCAAAAAGAUUGCUUUCUGAUAUGAAUACAAUGAUUACUAAUAAACAAUACACCAACAUUUCCGGCGAUACUUAUCUAGACUUUCUUGACACUACUUAUGGUGUUCAAGAAAUUCCUAAAGGAAUUUCGUUUAGUAGAGUUGGAUUUAAAGGGUUUAUCGCCUUAUUUGGAUUACUUGCAGAUACAGUGGUUGUUAUGGAAUCUGUAUUCACUACCAGUGAUGGUGGUACAUCUGGAAUCCAAUCAAGACAUGAAGAAACCGAACCAAUGUUAACCAGUCAUCAAGAAGUCCAUCAGCAUUAUCAAGAAGAAGAAUCUCAACAUAACGUACACUAUACCACUGAUUUUAAAGUUGAUGAAAACGAGCCUCAUAAAAAAUAA